GCGCACUGAACACUGUCUGGUCUCGGUCUUUGAGGACGGGAAGAAGAAAAAAACCGACGCCACGCGCGCUUUCUCCAGAGCAGACAGCGGCGGCUCGAGAGCCUCGGAUGAACUCGGAGGAUGGUUGAUGCGCGAGACCUAGCAGCCACGUAGCGAUGGCUUGUAAAGCAGAACAGCGCUGGGCUCGGACAGUCUAGAAGCAAACCAGAGCGAUUUGUGAUUGUUCGUCCGCGCGUGCAUGCGACUGCACGCUGUUCGCGAAACUCACUGUGUUCGCCGAGGACCAGUUUAUCCAAAGCAAGUGUGUUGUUGUUUUUUAUAGAUUUGUGUUUUAUCGGAUCGCUGCACAACUUGAGGUGGACGGUAUGAGGGAGAGGGCGCUCGUGUCUCGGGUGAGUAGUCUUUUGCUACAAGUUAAUUUCUGCAUUUGCGUUUAUUCACAGCGAUGACAGACAGUUGUUCGCCGCAUGCAUAGAAACCAUCCCUCGCACAUCUGUCAAGGUAGCAUCUGUCUGCGGGGUGGUGAUUCGGAGCAGCUGGUAAUGACUGCGAGAUCUAAGCGCUGAGAUCAACGGCGCGGAGACGCCGUCACAUCACUGACAGAGGGGAUUUGUGGCUGAAUCAGCAGAGAUUGCAGAUGAGGUGCCGGUAUUGUCUUUUCAAGUGAAACCGAGAUGCUCUUGAGAGACUGAAGUUUGGAUCUAAAGUCAAGUUUCAUGUGGAGCGGGAGAUAAAACGUGCGAGUACUUGCACAGUGAGACGGAUUUCAUUAAUGGAGGCUCGGUUUGGGCUAGGUUAAAGCGUCUCUCCUCAUCUCUCCUCCUUUACGCUCUCUUGCCCUCCUCUCAUUCAUUGGAGAGGAGGGGUACAUUGCCUCCUGUAUCGCCCUUGACAGGAAACGGUAGUUAUUCUCAAACAUAAAGAAGGUUAAAUACUCAAAUUUAACUGAGCGAUCGGCUGUCGAUGAAGUCCUGCCAGACACUGAAGGACGAGGUGUCCGGCCCAGAGACGAUGUCUCAAGAGGAGGAGCAAAUGACUCAAUCCUCCCAAACAUACUUCCACAACACCUCUGCUCCUGAUGCAAAGCUGUUCAAGCGAGAAGCUGCGGCCAAACCAUACUCGGUGGUCAUUGACAACACGAUGGCUACGAGACCAGACUCGCAUUUGCCCUCAGACCUUUCUGCCCCGACUCAACCGUUUUACCGGGAAGAGCCCGGAGCAGCUGCGACAAAGAGCGGCAAUGGAGGGAUGUCGGAAGAUUCUGAAGCUGAAGAGGAAGCCGGGGCGGAGGACGAAUUCAAACGAGGACAGAUCAUCGUAGAAGUCAACCUCAAUAACCAGACCCUGCACGUGUCCAAAGGAGAUGACGCAGCAAAUGCAAACACUGCAGGAGAAGACAAGAGCAAUAGUGAGGAUGAUGAUGAGGAGGAAGAAGAAGAUGAGGAGGAAGAGGACGACGACGAGGAGGAGGAAGAAGAUGAAGAUGACAGUGUUGAAGAUGACUUCAGUGUUGAGGAGGAUCUGGAUGAAGAGGAAGAGGAAAACAACAGUCGGCGAACAAGAGUACAGCGGGCGCACAGGGGUCAAGUGGCUGCUUCGCCACGGCGAAAGAGUCGCCGCGUAACCGCUUCAUCAACUGGGAGCGUAACAACAGCAACCGCCGGCGUAACGACUAGGGGGCGGAGGAAGAAUGCAGAGGGCCCGCCCCAAAAGCGUAGAUAUGCCAAGGAGGCCAAAAGCCCCGCCUCCUCCACAUUAGGAGCGACAGUCGCUGGAGGAGGAGGAGCCAAGGGAGAGGGUGAGGCGAAAGAGACGCUAGCGUGUGAAAAAUGUCCACGUGUGUUCAACACCCGCUGGUACCUGGAGAAGCACAUGAACGUGACGCACAGACGCAUGCAGAUCUGCGACAAGUGCGGCAAGAAGUUCGUGCUGGAGAGUGAACUGGCUCUUCACCAGCAGACAGACUGCGAGAAGAACAUCCAGUGUGUGUCAUGUAAUAAGUCCUUUAAGAAACUGUGGUCCCUCCACGAGCACAUUAAGAUUGUCCAUGGCUUUGCUGAGAAGAAAUUUGCCUGUGAGAUUUGUGAGAAGAAAUUCUACACCAUGGCCCAUGUCCGUAAGCACAUGGUCGCUCACACAAAGGACAUGCCCUUCACCUGUGAAACCUGUGGAAAGUCUUUUAAGCGCAGCAUGUCACUGAAAGUGCAUUCACUGCAGCAUUCAGGAGAGAAGCCCUUCCGUUGUGAGAACUGUGACGAGAGGUUUCAGUACAAAUACCAGCUGCGGUCUCAUAUGAGCAUUCACAUAGGACACAAGCAGUUUAUGUGCCAGUGGUGUGGCAAAGACUUCAACAUGAAACAGUAUUUCGACGAGCACAUGAAGACGCACACAGGUGAGAAGCCAUUCAUCUGUGAGAUCUGUGGGAAGAGUUUUACCAGUCGGCCCAAUAUGAAGCGGCACCGACGCACACAUACAGGGGAAAAGCCAUACCCUUGUGAAAUCUGUGGCCAGCGUUUCCGCUUUUCCAACAUGCUCAAGGCACACCGAGAAAAGUGCUUCCGGGUCACCAGCCCAGUGACCCUUCAGCCUGCCAGCAUGGCACUUCCCAUUCACAUUACUGGCCACACGCCUUCUUCAAGCCACAUGCCUAGCCCAACCCAGCCCACUCAGUCAACGCCUAUGGGCCCCGUGAUGAUCAGUCCCACCGCGGGGGUGGCCCUACCACAACGGGUGGUCCCUGCGCAAGGCUUCUCUCAUUUACACAUGCAGACGCUGCCCUCACAACAUCACCCCGCACACACUCCUGUCCAUCACACAGGACACGCCCCCAUGACGAGCCACGCCCCUCAGCAAAUCUCAGUGCAGCCGUCUGUCCUGCCCCCUCCCCCCGCCCUGUUCAAGAGUGAGCCAAUAAACCACUGUGGGCACGAGGACUCGUACCUGCGACAGAGCGCUGCUACACAACACCACUGAAACACACUCUCUCAUACAAACUUACUAAUGUGAAAUCAGGAGCUCACUGGAGAACAGAGCAGAACGGGCGAAUGGCAUGGGGAAGCUGGAACUCAGUGAAAUGCAAUGAAAUGUUUAUGUGUGUGUAUGUGUAUGAUACAAAACUGAUACUACAAACUAACUUGCCACUAGCACUCGUGACCAAACAGGAUUGUUAGACAGCUGAUCUCUGUGAUCUGAUCUCAAGAACACAAGCGCAAACUUCCUAAAGCAUUACUCUGGCUCACUUCACCUCACUUCAAACUCUGUCACAACGAUCAAAUUGAUGGGCCAUUGGGAUUUAAAUGGCACAAACAUGUUUCUCUCUCUCUCUAACUCUUUUUUUUUGACUCGGCUGCUGUUGCAAAGGUUCUACGGGUUCAAUCGUUCACAGGUUAAAGGUCUAGAUUUAAAAAAUGCAGUAUAACCUCUUUAGAAAUGCAGGUCUUCCCAACAACAGAAAAUAUUCCUGUUCUACAUAAUGAAUCAUAUACAAGUCAUUACACAAAACAUAGUGUAGAGCACUUAAGCAGUAAACUCAGAGUAGUCUGUAGGACUGAAAUGUUUCUGUUGCCUGAUUGUGGUUGUCGGUGACUUUAUUCAAAUAUUGGACAGAGUUUAUUUAAUAAAAUAAAAAAAUGUUCUUACUGGGUAAUGCCUGUAGCUCUCCGACGUGUUCAGUCGGAGGUUGAGACUGUUAAGGAAGACCGAUGCUGUGAUGUGUCAUAGGAAGACUGCAACUAAAGGGCGAAAAAAAGAUGAUUCAUUAGUUUUACUGUAAGUUCUAUAGAACUCACUUAACCAAGAUUUUAUUUGUGUAAAGUAGAUAAACGUGCUCUGUGAGACUUUUUAAAAAGAAAAUCAGAUUUCUAUGUUGAAUUAAGAUGCGUGCUUGUGAGAUUUUGUGUGAUGGGUUGGAAGAUGAAGAGAGGGUUUGUUUCUUAUGUAUUCAACCGAAUGUAGGAGUGGAGACGUGUGUGUGUGGGUGUGUGUGUGUCUUUGACUGAUCUUAUGCCUGUGGUGCUGGUAUCAAAAGCUGCUUAGUUGCUCUGUCUUUUCCUGGUACAUGAUUGUUUGUCAAGCAGAUGAUUGUGUGAGUAAGUGUUAAAAUGGUUGCUUAUGUGUUAAAUAGUUUGACGUUAGGAGCAGCACAGAUAAAGUGAUUGAAAGUCUUGAGUCAGUCAGACUCGGCUGAUUGAAAGAUUGAUUGUGAAUUAUUUUUGUUGUCUCUCAUUAGACAAAGGUAUCUGUCCUCUGCACUUUACUGCUAUGUAAGAGGUUUGCGCAACUGACAGAAUUGUUUAUUGUGUGUCUGACAUGUGAAAGAUGGCUGGCUGUUGGAAAAUGGGGAGAAUCACUUGGGAUUUGGUUGGGAUCCUUCGUUAUAUGUCAGAGAACUCUAGUUUGUCCUGUAAGAAGUUGUGUUUGGCCUUCAUGCCCCGCCCUCCUCACCUGAGAAGCACUCUUAUUGGUUUAGGUGGUGGUCAGUCACGUGCUUUUUUUUUUUUUUUACUCAAAAUGUGUUUUGGGCUACUUGUUGUCUGAUUCUCUCCAUUCUCCAUCAGUUGAUGGAAUGCACUUUCUAAUAAAACCUUGCUAGAUAAGAAUAAUAAGCAGACCAUAUUAAUAAUUAUUCGUGUGGGGUGUUUUUAAUCAAAUCUCUUCUCAUCCUCUCUACCCUCUCGACUUCUUUUUAGCAUUUGUGUCUGGUACAGAAGCAUCUGACAUUCAUUGAGUUCUGUUUUGUAUUGUUCCUGUUUUUGAGACAACAUGAUGGACUUGCAUUAACGUUGGGCCUUUUUUAUAUUGUUCAUUUAACACUUUCUGCUAACUUUAAAGUAAAAAAUGAAUUAGCCACAA